AAUAAUAAUGUCCUUAAGCUUAUCAAAGCAGAUUAUACUUGGAUACUAUUAAUAUAUAAAAGAUACCCUUAUAAUAUUCAGCGUGCUGAUAUUAUAAGACUGCUUAUUAUUUACUCUAAGAGUAAUAUUUAUUCUGACCUGGACAUAAGCCCUAAGUUAGCUAAGUAUAUUUAA